AUGUCUAGGCAGAAGCAGACAAGGGAGGCAAUGAAGCAAACGCAAGGAGGAGCUUCGUUCCCAGAAAGAUUGCCGGCACAAGAGGACGGCUGGGUCGUUACGAGUCAGCAACGUUUCGCUUUCGUCGUCGUCGUCGUCGUCGUCGUCGUCGUCGCUGAGUUGUCUUAUCGGUCGUUUCUUAUCCGUAUCUCUCCGGGACGCUCUAUCGUCGGUGGGGCGAGAUUAAGGCUGGCUUGA